AUCGACUCUUCAGGCUCACUACCGGUGAAGCCAGAAGGAGAACAAACUGAGAGAAGUGAAGAAGGAACAGGAACAAACACAAAGCAGAAAAAGCCAACUCCUGUCUAUAAUGGCAACUACAAGGCGACUUGGCAAGGAACUUGAAGAUAUUCGGAAUUCAGGAAUACAACAUUUUCGUAACUUAAUAGUGGAUGAAACUAAUAUUUUGAACUGGCAAGGCCUUAUCGUUUCUGAUUGUCCACCAUAUGACAAAGGAGCUUUUCGAAUUGAGAUAGUCUUUCCUGCAGAGUAUCCCUUUAAACCACCAAAAAUCACAUUCAAAACAAAAAUUUACCAUCCAAACAUUGAUGACAAGGGCCAAGUCUGCCUACCCAUCAUAAGUCCUGAGAACUGGAAGCCAGCCACCAGAACCUUCCAAGUGAUUCACUCUCUUGUUGCUCUGGUGAACUCCCCAGAGCCUGAACACCCGUUGAGGGCUGACCUGGCAGAAGAAUAUACAAGAGAUAGGGCGAAGUUUAUGAGGAAUGCUGAAGAAUUCACAAAAAAAUACAGUGAAAAACGACCUGUGGACUGAGAAGACAACAGUGACACAAGUGUCAUUUUGACUCUUCAUGUGCCCACAUACAGGGAGUUUUUGCGGUCAAUCAUUUGGCACAUGCCACUCUGACAACAAUGACUGUAUUGGCACGUUAUUGCCACCAGGGGUUGUUCUUAACUUUAGUUUUUAAGAAAAGCAAAUAAUAAGAUUUUUUCUUCUUGCAUUUUAUUUUCAGGUUUUAAACACCAAGUGAAUUCAAAUGGGUUGUAAUUGUAGGGUCAAUUUUAGAAUUUUAUGGGAUUACUGUCUUCUCUGUUACUUUGUUGCCUCUCUUACUUCAUAGCCCCCUCAACACACAACAUAUUUCUUUUCUAUUCCCAUUUGAUGCAAUGUUCUGCGACACAUUUCUGCAUAAUAUAAGUAAGAUUUAUUGUAAAGAAAAGUAAAA